AUGUCUGCAUCCGAGCUGAGCCGCAGACGUCUGAAGACCUAUGUCUCAGAUCCACCUCUCCCAUCGGAUGAUGCUGAGAUGGAAGCCUCGCGGCAGGAAGAGGAGCUUGAGAUCAUGGUUGCCGAGGAGCUUGCUGACCCGGCUGUGAUGGACAUGAAUGCAGAUGACAGUGAAGACGGCUGUGAUCAGAAAGAGCAUGGGGCCCCUGCUGAAGAUGACACGCUUGAAUAUGAGGCUUCGGUCGCUGGCAGUGAGUGCGGGAACAGUUUGAUCGAUGAUGGUGGUGAGGAACCCUGCGGCAAUGAAAGCCCUGCUGGCGAUGACGCUGGUGAUAAUGACAGCGAUGAUGCGACGGAUGAUGAGCUCCAACGGAUCUGCCAGUGCAAGUGGUUCUCGGAGGAUGACAAUGUCAUCCUGGAAGUCUCUGAGCCUGAGAAGAAAUCCACAUACGAUGCUGACAGCUGCAGCUGGAAGCAAUUGCUGUCAGAGUUGGAGGAGGAGGGCCAUACGGAGGUGACCAUCAACCACCAUGAGCUCACAAAACCAUGUGCAGGGGAGGGACGUGACUCCUACCUGAUCAGACCCAAGCCAAUGGAGAUGCACUUCUCUUGGACCAGUCCCAACACCAGCCAGCUGAAGUACACGGGCAUUGGCAGCGCGUUUCCAGAGAAGGUGUGGGCACUUACCCUCUUGGAUUUGCAACCUUCCACCCGGACCUUCUUGGCUUGGGUUUGA